UGGCCAGGCGGGGUCACGUGAGGCUCCCCUCCCUCCCGCCCGCCGUUCCCGGUGUCUCCCGGCGGCCGCCAUGUCGUCUUUCCCGGAGCUCUAUUUUAACGUGGAUAACGGCUACCUGGAGGGCUUGGUGCGGGGUUUUAAAGCCGGGGUGCUGCGGCAAGGGGAUUACGUCAACCUGGUGCAGUGCGAGAGCCUGGAGGACUUAAAACUGCACCUGCAGAGCACAGACUAUGGGAACUUCCUGGCCAAUGAAGCCUCCCCUCUGACUGUCUCAGUGAUAGAUGACAAACUGAAGGAGAAGAUGGUGGUGGAAUUCCGUCACAUGAGGAACCAUGCCUAUGAGCCCCUUGCAAGCUUCCUGGACUUCAUCACGUACAGCUACAUGAUUGACAAUGUCAUUCUGCUGAUCACUGGGACCCUGCACCAGCGUUCCAUCUCAGAACUGGUGCCCAAGUGCCACCCUCUGGGAAGCUUUGAGCAGAUGGAAGCCGUGAACAUCGCGCAGACGCCCGCCGAGCUCUACAAUGCGAUCCUGGUGGACACUCCCCUGGCUGCUUUCUUCCAAGACUGCAUAUCUGAACAGGACCUGGAUGAAAUGAACAUUGAAAUCAUUCGAAACACACUCUAUAAGGCUUACCUGGAGUCCUUCUACAAGUUCUGCAAGGUUCUGGGAGGUACCACAGCAGAUGCCAUGUGCCCCAUCUUGGAGUUUGAAGCUGACCGCAGGGCCUUCAUUAUCACCAUUAACUCAUUUGGCACCGAGCUGUCCAAGGAGGACCGAGCAAAGCUGUUCCCACACUGUGGCAAGCUCUAUCCUGAGGGCCUGGCUCAGCUGGCCAGGGCAGAUGACUACGAGCAAGUCAAAAAUGUUGCUGACUACUACCCUGAGUACAAGCUGCUGUUUGAGGGGGCUGGCAGUAACCCUGGGGACAAGACCCUUGAAGACAGAUUCUUUGAGCAUGAGGUGAAGCUGAACAAGUUGGCUUUCCUCAACCAGUUCCACUUUGGUGUCUUCUAUGCCUUUGUGAAGCUGAAGGAGCAGGAGUGCCGCAACAUCGUCUGGAUUGCAGAGUGCAUUGCCCAGAGGCACAGGACCAAGAUUGACAACUACAUUCCCAUCUUCUAACUCCCUCCUGCUCCUCCCAGAGCCUCCCACCCCUGGAGUCUGGAGGGAACCCCAUUUAACUCCCUGAGUUACCCCUUUUAUCCCUUGCCCCGACUCCAGGGAUGUCUCACCUGUGGAACUGGCUCAGAUGAGGAGACUCUACAGUCCUUGGUUAAAUUAUUCACAAGCUGAAGCUUGAGUUGUGUGUGCUGGGAGGGUUUUGGAGGGAUCAGUGGUGGCUCAGGCUGGGCCCUGUGGAGCAGUUGUGUAUCUCAUAGUCCCCGUGUUCCUGUAAUAAUUGCUGUAUGUGCUUAAUGCUCGUAGAGCAAACACCAGCUGGGGGGUUCCUGCUGCUGCUGCUGCAGAGGGACACGUUAGGCCUGCCAGUCCUCUGUACACCUCCCAGUCACUUCUUCCUCUGAGAUGUAGUUUGAGUGUGAUUUGUAGUGUAGCCCAUGCUGCUGUGCAAUCCCUGCAUCCCCCUGUAACCUCACCCUGACCUGGGAAGGACCAAGCAGGCCCAGGCAGGACUGGGAUGGACCCUGUGGAGCAGAGCUCCUCUCCCCUCCAGCACUGUUUGCACUCCUGUCCUGUGCUCUUCCUCCUGCCCCACAGCCUGAAAGGGCUCCAUAAGCUGCUUGAGCUCCUUCCUCCCCUGAGGACCCACAGCUUGGAGCUGUCACAACCCUGCACCAUGUGGGGCUCCUUGAGGCUCUGAGGACAUUCUGGACCCCCUGCACUCCCCCAGGCUGGCACAGCCACCUCCCCCUGCCCAGGGCUGUCCAGGCACAACUGGUCCUUGGGCAGGGUGAGCCUUGGCCCUGCCCUACUCAGUCACUUUGCUGAGUGCUGAGGGGGGCAGCUGGUGGCAGAAAUGCCCCACACCCUGUCCCGGCCCUGCCUGCCUGUGGUUAGGGGCAUGGUGUGGUGUGGCAGCCUGGCUCCUUGCUGAGCUGUGUCCAGGCCACCUCCCACUUGCUUUCAAGGUGGGGUGACAGUGAGAAGCCUGCCUGGGGGGGAACCCUGUGCUCAGUGCUGCUGCUGGGAGGGAGGGAGAGAGGGAGGAUGGAGAGUGGCUCCAUCCCAGCUUGUGCUGUGGUCACCUCUGCAGUGUUUGUUAUCCUGUGAUUGCCUCCUCUCUCCAAUAAAUAUCUGCCUGCUGCACUGGA